AUGGCGUUAGCGGUGCUGGCGCUGAGGACGCGGACAGCUGGUAAACGGACGCCGUGGCAGUCGCCGGGCGAGGGGUGGAGGCGGAGUGGAGACCUUGCAGGGAUCUGGGGGCUUGGAGUUACAGCCCUGCUGAGCCCCCCUCAGGCUACAGCUUUUGCCGUCAGAUAUGCAUCCAAAAAGACAGGUGGCAGCUCUAAGAACCUCGGUGGAAAGUCACCAGGCAAACGCUUUGGCAUCAAGAGAAUGGAGGGUCACUAUGUUCAUGCUGGCAACAUCCUUGCGACUCAGCGCCACUUCCGCUGGCACCCAGGUGCCCAUGUGGGGCUGGGGAAGAAGAAGUACCUGUAUGCUCUGGAGGAGGGGAUAGUCCGCUACACUAAGGAGGUCUACGUGCCCAGUCCCAGCAACUCGGAGGCUGUGGAUCUGGUCACCAGGCUGCCCGAGGGGGCUGUGCUCUACAAGACUUUUGUCCACGUGGUUCCUGCCAAGCCUGAGGGCACCUUCAAACUGGUAGCUAUGCUUUGACCUCCUGGUUGAGGCCUUUGGACAGAGACUGGAGCCCAGGUGACAGGAGAGGGUGGUACCAGACGUCAUCAAGGGUUGGAGUGACGACAAGGCCUCCCAAGGAAGAAGUCUGCUUGGUGGUGACUGCAGGAGACUAUGAAGUGACUGGCUGGGAAGCCCUUUGGGAGACCUGACCUGGGGCCAAAAAUAAAGUUAGCUGGAGUCGUGA